AUGAGCAUCAUGAGAAGUCGCAUGUACUUCGGUUCUCUGAAUCGACACAAAUAUGUCUUCGUCGCUGCAAUUCUACUCACAUUCAUUGUAUACCACUCACUGCUUGCGCCAAAGUCCAAACUCAGCCCCCGCACCACGGUAACACAGGCGGGAAAUCGCCCACGAUAUCUACACCAGUCGACAUUCCGUGUGGAUCCGGAUCAUGACUACGAAGAUAAACUGUCAGAUGCGCUGCGCAACAUCGAGAUAACGAGGAAUGCGCGCCAUGACGAGGAUGCGACGGACACGAUCUGGCAGAUUAUCUUGUCUGCCAAGGAUCACCGAAAAGACGAUUCAUACCAGUUCCAGAAAACCAACUCCGAAUGGAAAUAUCAACUGGUAGAUGCCGCAUGGGCCGAAACAUUCAUCACCAAAACCCUCGCGUCAAUACCAGACCUUGCACGACUAUACAAAUCAUACCCGCACUUCGUCCAACGCGGUGAUCUUCUCCGCUACCUAAUCCUGUGGUAUUACGGUGGCUACUACGCAGAUGUCGACGUAUACCCAGCGAAAAGCAUUAAAUCGUGCCCAUCACUCCGUCCCGUGUUCAAAGAUCCCGUAACAGCUGCCAAUGUCUCACUGGUCGUCGGUGUUGAAAUUGAUGAACCCUUCGCUUCUCCGCAGAAAAUGCGCGACUGGCAUUGGGCCCGACGAUAUGGGUUCCUGCAAUAUAACAUCUAUGCGCCACAGCGAUUUAGCCCGCUGCUGAGGGAUAUUGUUGUUCGCGUGAUGUCCCAUACCAAGCGCUAUAUUGAUGAGAGUCACUUCCUGUGGGGUGGGAGGUAUAAUGAGAUGGCGACAUUGGAGAUUACGGGACCGGGCGUGUUCACAGAUGCUAUUCUCGAUGUGUUGUCUGAUGCGUUGCCAUCUACGCAUCCGCUUGUUCAGAAGUCCGUUGAUGCGGAUGCGGAGUUUGGUGAUCUUGUGCCUUCAUACUCAGCAUUGCCUGUACAGCGGGUGACAUGGGCGCCAUUUCACGGUAUUAAAGAGACUAUUUGUGUGGAUGGGUCAGAGGCUGAGCCGGGAAAUAUGUUCGGGGGGUUUGCGUGCUGCCUGUUAAUGCUUGGGGCAACGGACAGAGGCAUAGUGGUUCUGAAGGUUUUAGCAGCUCGCAUGCUUGCAUUAAUCAUCGCUUUGGUGGUACCUGGAAACCUUGGCGACAGAGCUGGAAGCAGUAUCUCUUUGGCUGAUGGGCCUGGUUCAUGUCUUCCUGUAAAUAAUGACUUCUCGUUGUAG